CUUGUAAAUUGUAUAAUAGAAGAAGACUUUGCCUGUGCCUUCCAUUAUGGCUGAAACACAGCAAGAACAAGUCGAAGAAGUAUUCAGCGUUUUAAUAUGCGUCGAUAAAAGUGAAAAUUCAGAACAUGCUUUUGAUUACUACAUACAACAUCUUAAUAAACCGAACCAUAACGUUGUCAUAGCCUACGUGGCCGAAAUGACAUUUCCUGUGGAAUACCUAUUCGCGGGUGCUGGCGGGCGAUUUCCAAUGCCAGUAGGAAUCGGCCCAUCGCCCGCUGUAGCGCAAGAGCUUAUUGAAAACGAACAAAAGAAGAAAAAGAGCAUUGAAUCAAAGUACAAGAAAAAAUGUGAAAAAUUGGGAAUCAAUUUUGAAUUUAAAAUACUGGUAGAAGUCCAAGGAGGUAUUGGUGCUUCUUUAGUAGAAGAAGCGAAAACACGUGGAACGAAUCUCAUUAUAAUCGGCAGCAGAGGACAAGGACUAGUACGAAGAACAAUACUUGGCUCGGUCAGCGACUACGUUUUACACCACAGUCACGCUCCAACAUUAAUUUGUCCAAAACAAGAAUGAAAUCAAUUUCAAAAUAUUCAUAACUAUUGCAGACAAUGCCUAAUGUGUGUCUCUCAGCGGUUUUAACUAUUUUGUUCCAAAAUUUUGCAAGACGUAGUACCAGGGGGACUGACUCCCUUAGUGUGUGUACCAUGUUAGAGUUAGGUCAUAAUUUUAUUCCGAUUUUAGUUCUAUUACGAGUCGGGGACUGUCUGUGUUAGCCAAGUAAAUAUACCCCCUGCCCAUAGGUUUCAGUCCCUUUACACAACUGGAUGUAAAGUAAGCGAACAAAAUUAGUUAAUUCCCUAUUAUUUUAUCAUUCAUUUUAUCAUAUUAAUCAUUUGUUUUACGAACUGAUUUACAAAUCUAUUAGAAAGGUCUUGUACACACCAAAAUAUUCGUUUUAAAAACUUAAUUUUUCCGUAGCUAUAGUGUCGGGGUACGAUUUGUUUCAACCGGCUGACGAAAUCGAUAGUAACUUUUUCCGUAAUCCACAGUCCUAACUAGUACAUGCAAAACGUGCAUCCAAAGUUAGAUUAGGAGAGUGUCAUACAUUAUCUCAUCGACUUCUCGCGCCAUAUACCGGUACUUUUGCUUUGUUAAACAUCGUAUAUUGCAUGUAUGAUUAUGUAAGUCCAACCAACUAUUUACACUGCAUGGUGAUUAUCGAAAAUUAAGAUUUACUCAAUUUCUCGUCAUCGUAAAUCCGAAUUCAAGUACUGAUAAAAGUAUUUAAUGAACUAGUGGACAGGUUAUAUCCACCCCCACAGAAUCAAAUACCUGGCUAACUAAUCCCAUGCCAGAUAUGGACUAGUAACCAGUAGUGGGAUUCAGUCGGUUUGCAUCGGUUCUAUGGAACCGUUUCAGAGAAUUUUAUGAGAUCAGAGAACCGGUUAACAUAACAUGACUUUUUGCAACAGAACCGCCUGAAAAUAUGACAUUUGUAUGAUGAAACCCGCUGACAAAAAAAUUUAAAUCCCACCACUGCUAGUAACCGAACAAUGGGCCGUGGUUCGCCACAUGAAAAUCCCAUGUCGUCUUUGGCGAAUGAAGAAGUAGCCUACAUGUUUCUUCAAUAUUGCUAGCUUAUUAUGUGAAUGGUUUUUAUUGUUGUUUAUUACUUUGUGUCUAUAUUUUCAUUUUUUCUGCCAGGUAUUUUCAAAAUAAAA